UAGGUCCUCUUGUCUUUUCAGAGGUGGGAAUCAAGCGCGUGCAAGUGAAUAAUUCGAGAUGUUUUAGAAUUAAUCCAACGUCCUGGUUUCCUGUGGCGGGAAUCAAACAAAACAAACACGUUCUACUUUGUGUUCAACAAUGCGGACAGGGACGAAUUCUACGUUGUUAUUCAAUAGUCUAGGAGUUGUGCUCUUUGAUAAUUUAAUUUCCCCAUAGCACUGCCAGCCGGAAUAGACCAAAUUGAUUUUUUUCCAUUGGGGAUAGCCUCUAGUGCACUGUGAGGGAUUUUCCUUUCCUUUUAAAAAGUUUUCCGCCCAGUGGGCGUGGGCCGAAUACCAUUAGUCACUUGCUAGAAACAUAACAUAGCCUACGUCUGCUGCCCCAGACAACCGGGACAACAAAUAGCGUGUUAAACUGAAUGGGAACGCUGCAUUCCUGCUGAAAUCAGGAAUUAAAAAGGAAAGGAAAUGUCAGACUCUAGAAGCUGGAUACUCCAGUUGCUGGUGACGAUUGCUUCUUUUUUCAUUCGCUCUGAGGCAGCGGAAUGCAUAGCACCUAAGGAACUUGGAAACAGCGUCAUUUUAUCAAAUGAGCAUGUUCUACAGAAUGAUUUCCCCGACGGUUCCGAAGCCAAAUUGGAUUGUGAUAACGGAUUUAGACCUCUGAAUGGAUCCGACACUAUCACCUGUCAGAACGGCAUUUGGAGCACAGUGGAGUUGACAUGUACAAGAAAGGAUUGUGGACCUCCAAAAGCCUCUCCUCAUGUCAGAUUUUUGUAUCCAAAGGGUGAAAAUGCCACCUUAUUUACAGAUCGAAUAACGGCCGUUUGUGAGACUGGUUUCCGGCUUGUAGGAUCAAGUACCUGGCAGUGUCUCAACUACGGCUGGAAAGGAAGAUCAAGCUGCUAUGUGAUUGAGUGUGGAGAGACUAGGAACGAGACGUUACCCGUGCUUGAAAAUGGCGAGACGAUAAACGCUCCUCACGACAAGCAACGCGUUGAGUUUGGAGAUGUCAUACAGUACCGAUGUCACCAUGGCUACCAUCUCAUAGGGAAUGACACCAUCAAGUGCACCGAGAAUGGCUACACCGCUCUGCCCAGAUGUAAAAAACUGGAUUUCUAUAUACAUCCAAGUCAGACACCCAAGGUAGAUCAGAGAAAGUCAUCAGGCUCAGACUGGGUAUUUAGCAGGCGAUACAGCAACACAGGGUGGCGUACCAGGCACUGCCAGUACUGCGGCUGCUGGAACGGCCGUUGCGGGUGCUGGAACGGGCUCUGUGGGUUCUGGAACAAGCGCUGCAGGUGCUGGAGCUGCAGAUGUUACAUUGCAUUCAACAGUAGUAAUCGCCGUUGUACUUACGGGUACAUUUAUCGCCCUCAUAGGUAUAUCCGUUUACAUAUGGCAUGAGAAGAACAAAGGUUCAUAUAGGACACAGGAGUCAAAAGACCAGCAGAUGCAAAAUCCCACAUAUGUAUAAAGCAGGGUCUAUUCAACACCAUAGAGGGACACGCAGAAAGAGAUCAUCAUAGGUGACUGGCCGCAUAAACCAGCUCCCCGGGCCGCAUCUACACACUUAUCGGUACACUUCUCUUCUGUGGAGGCUGCUGUGGACGCCAAAUCCCACCCUUUAUGUGGACCCUUUUCCUACCCCUGAUACACCCCCACAUCCCCAACAAUCUCUGCUCUAGCUAGGACAAUUACGGCACUGAAUGACUCUCCAAUACGUGACUUCAAUUUAUGAUCUGUACCACUCAGCUAUGGCACAUAAGGUGCAUGUGGCUAAAUGUAUGUAAGUAGCAUGUGCUAUGCCAGUAUGUUAAAUAGCUUAAUAUAUGUGAAAUACAACACACUGUAUAAUGUCUUUUGUAUUCUGUAUUAUAUAUGCUACUAGAGACCUUAAUUUCCUUUGGGAUUAAUAAAUGUUACUCUAAGGUAUUAUCAUAUCCUAUCAUAACAUCAAUCCCACAAAAAUUCAGACAGUGUGCAAAAUACAAUUACAUUCAAAUCAGGUGAGCCAGUAAUUUCAUUGGCGAUACAACACAGAUCACAAAGUAAGGGACACACUAGUUUCGGCUGAUUCACGACAUGCUCUUCCUCAAGUAGUUUUCUGGUGCCAGAUAUUGAGGGAGAAAGCGAUGCUAUGAUUUUAAUGUUGGCAUUUGGCCUAAAUGCGCCUCUGACUUCCUUUUCCCCACCCU